AUGAGCGACUACAUUGGGCAAGACGACCCUGAUUCCGAGCAUGACGAGGAGAUUGAUGAAGAAGACAUCAACAACGACGACGACGUGCAAGCCAGCGCCCCUCGUGCGCCGAAAAGCAAAGCCAAGGCACCUCGUCCGUGUGUUGCGAGCCCCUCAGCUGCCCGCCCUGACCCUUCCUCCAAGGCGCUCGGCAAACGCCGUCAGCUCAACGAGGAAGACCACACCCGCGCGGACGAAGAAGACUUGGCCACCGACAAUAAUGGUCUGCAGGACACCAUGGCCCGUGCCGCCAACGUCAUCGCCCCCGUGGACUGA